AAGAUAACGCAGCCGACAGGACAAACAUGCUAAAGGCUUCUUCCUUGAGCUGCUGGGUGUGCUUCGCCACGGACGAGGACGACCGCACGGCGGAGUGGGUGCGUCCGUGUCACUGCCGCGGCUCCACCAAGUGGGUCCACCAGGCCUGCCUGCAGCGCUGGGUGGACGAGAAGCAGCGGGGGAACAGCACGGCGCGCGUCGCCUGCCCACAAUGCAAUGCAGAAUACCUCAUCGUCUUCCCCAAACUGGGUCCCGUGGUCUACGUGCUGGACCUGGCUGACCGCCUCAUCUCUAAGGCCGGACCGUUCGCGGCUGCUGGCAUCAUGGUGGGCUCCAUCUACUGGACUGCUGUCACCUACGGCGCCGUCACUGUCAUGCAGGUGGUCGGCCAUAAGGAGGGUUUGGAUGUUAUGGAGCGAGCCGACCCUCUGUUCCUGCUCAUCGGCCUGCCCACCAUCCCCGUCAUGCUGAUCCUCGGAAAGAUGAUCCGCUGGGAGGACUACGUCCUGCGUCUGUGGAGGAAGUACUCCAACAAACUGCAGAUACUCAACAGCAUCUUCCCAGGGAUUGGUUGCCCAGUUCCUCGGAUCCCAGCAGAGGCCAGCCCCCUGGCGGACCACGUGUCGGCCACACGGAUCCUGUGCGGCGCCCUGGUCUUCCCCACCAUCGCCACCAUUGUGGGGAAGCUCAUGUUCAGCAGCGUUAACUCCAACCUGCAGAGGACCAUCCUGGGAGGUAUCGCCUUCGUCGCCAUCAAGGGAGCGUUUAAGGUGUACUUCAAACAGCAGCAGUACCUGAGGCAAGCCCACCGCAAGAUCCUCAACUUCCCGGAGCAGGAGGAAGCCUGAGGCGGCGGCAGCGGCGGCGGCGUCUGGAGGGAGGACGACCGGACAAACCGCACCUGCACACACCUCUGCUGACAGGGGUGAGGAGGGGAGGAGCCAGAGCAGGAAGUGCUGGUGAAACAGACACAGGAUCACCCUCACUCCUCACCCCCUCCCCCCGACCAUUCGUUUUUAAUCGUCUUUUGUUCGGCGACAAAACUGAAGCAUGUUUGCAGUUACGCUCAUUAACACACACCGAGAACUCGCGCAGUGAGUGGACGCGUUCCACCGAUCACGACUAAUACUUAUUGUAAACUUAACUGUAUUUUAAAAAAAGAAAAUGCGGGGCAUGUGUAAUUAUAACAAUUUUAUAAUAUUAAUAAAUGAUUGUUUUAUAAUGUUUAUUUUGCAGAUUUGAAAAGGCCCCAUCGCCAAUGUUCAGGGGGGUUUAUACUGAACGAGGAAUAAUGUUUAGUGUGUGGAAUGUAUUAAUGAUAAAACAAUAAAAUGUGUUUAACAGAUGUGAAUGACGACGCAGUAAAUCAACAAGAACCGGGAAUCGGAAACCUAACACACACAAGUUAAAGCAGAGGUGUGUGUUUUAGACGCUGAGAUUGAUUCUUUUUCCUGCACACACCUUGGCAGUGUUCACGUCGUCUGUAGCUCUUUUCCUCCAUCCUAUGAAACGCUCUUAACGUGGUGUGUUUAAAAGCUUCAGGUUUGUUCGGGCUCCGUCUCUGCCGGCCGUGUGGAUGUUUUAGUCCCCUCAGAGCUUCGGACGUCGGACUGGAAAACAUUUCUAAAGCUUCGAGCAACUCGGACGUGACACUCGAUGAAGCACUUUUCACUGGGAGAUGAUGAACUUUCUCAGUUUCAAUUUUAUUUAAGAAAUAAUUUCUAUUUUUUCCCUCUCUCUCUCUCUCUCUUCUCCGGAGAUGUGACGAUCAGACUGUUGUGUUGCCUGAGUGAAACAUGGACAGUGGUCAUUUUAGAAUGAGUCAGUGGAGCAGGGUUGUUGUUGAAAUUCAAGGGUCAGUUCACCCAAAUGAUCAAGCCACAUUUUCUAGCUUCAAACCAGCAGCCGUGCAGACAGCUGAAGCUACGCACAGAUGAAUGUCAUUUUAUUGAAUUGCCUUUAAAAAACAAAAAAACAAUUUUUCAGACUGUCAUGUAAAAAGUGUAAAAUGCCAACUUUUCACAGGGAGGUCCCCUGUUUUAAAGAGGAGACACCUUCUCCAAUAUUUAAACAACUACAACAGAAGAGUAGAAAACCUGGAUAAAUCAAACAAAAAAUGAGUGAAAAUAAGGCUUUUUGUCAUUUCGGUAAACUGACUCUUUAACGUAGCACUACACAAUACUACAUAGCUUUGUUUUAAACCAUUGGCAGCACAAUGUGACUUUCAAUUUCUUUUUCUUUUCAUGUGACAAAUAUUUCUGUUUUCUGGGGGAAACAUGAGAACGUAUAGUAUGUGACUUCCUGUGAAGAGGCCUGACGUAUAAACUUACCACUUUGGGAAUAUUUAACCUGCACAUUAAAACUGUGCCUGCUUUACAGAUGUCCUCCUACCAUCUGCAAACCACAGCUUUCCCCUCCAACCCAGCACAUUUCACUGUUAUGCCUCCACUCUGCCAAAAAACAAAGAAAAAACAGACAAAAAAGAAGAAGAGGAGACGUUAAAGUGUGGAUCUGUGUUGUACAGACGUUGCUUCUGACUCUCUCGGGUUAAAUGGUAUCUGUUCUGUGAAUAAAUGUAUUUUUUCAAACGUU